CUGUCGUGCCUCGAUUUUGCCAUCUCAAUUGCAAACAUGGAAGCGAAUUUGCCGAAACCCAAACGCUCUUUUAAGCGUCCGUUUGCUUUUCCCAAGAACUGUGUGUACCGUCCACUUCGACAGAUAAGCAAUAUGGAGCGCAAUUUGAAGCUGCCUGCCGAAAGACCUACAUACUUUACGCUUAAUGCACCGCCAUCGUUGGUUCCGGCCAAGAAGUAUUCGGACAUUAGCGGUCUACCGGCUCCGUAUGCCGAUCCCCACACGAAGCUGCGGUUCGCCAACGCCGACGAGUACGCCUCGAUGCAGCACAUGCCUUCGGACAUCAUCAAUGGCUACCUCACAGUCCGCGGCUACACCAGUGCCGUGGGAUAGACGGUCUAUAUAGUAUAUAUAGAUAUAUGUAUAUUCCACAUACCCGAUGUGUUCCGCCCCUGAAGGCACCGUUUCAGACCUUGCUAUGCGACUACCACUCACAAUAGCCAAUUACGGGAGCUGCUGACCUUGCUUUUACUGGCAUUGCAUGCGAGGCUAAACUGCCGACUGCUUCCUGGCUGCGAUCCAGGGAGUUGUAUCCACAAUUACAAUAUAAGAAACAUACCCACAACAAGACUAUCGUUGAUUUUUUGAACAUUUUCUACCACUAUUUGUUAAAGAAAUUUUCAAACUAUUGACCAACAUGGUUCAAGGUGAGACUAAUACCUUGGCGGUUGGAAAUUGUCAAAAUUAACAAAGCAAAAAUAAAUACCAUAUAAGUCCUAAUUGGAAA